UUCUUGACAUCGAGGAGGCAGCCAGCGUCGAACCGGUGAUGCAAACGCCGCUGGAGAUACCAACCAGCCACGGAAACACCCCGUCAGAGGUGCCCGCAACGACCCCGCAGGAAAAAGCCACCAAGCUUCUCCUCCAUGCGCUGCAGAAGAAGUAUGGCGUCGCGGGGUCAGCAACACCAGAUGAGCUCGUGCGGCAGUCGAUGGUAAACCCCCGCGGCAAACAACUAUGGGCCAAAGUGCGCGAGAACAUUUCCGUGCUUGUACCACCCAAGCACAACGUUCGGUACCGGCGGUCGCUGACGCCGCCCCUCAUGUUUGACCCGGACUCCGACACGAAAAUCAAGUGGGACUUGGGCCUCGCGCUGUGUGUGCUGUACACAACUUGCGUCGUUCCAGUCCGCAUCAGCUUUAGUCUGGAGGCCAGUGGCUUUAUCUUUGCGCUGGAGAUACUCAUCGACGUCUUGUUCUUCGUCGACAUCACGUUCAGCUUUCGCACUGGGAUUGUUAACCCGACGACCGGGCUCGUGUACUACAACAAGACGCAAAUUGCGCAGUCGUACCUGCGUGGGUGGUUCCUCGUCGAUUUCGCGUCGACGAUGCCGCUCGAGAGCAUCGUGAAGCUUAUAUACCCCGAUACCCCCACGAAUGCCCUCCAAACCGCCAAGAUAUUUCGAGGGCUCAAGCUCGUGCGGCUGCUCAAGUUGGUGCGGAUCCGUAAAAUCGGCAACAUGAUUUCCAAAUUUGAAGAGGAAGUGUUUGCCAACCAAAGUGUGCUGUCCUUGGUCAAGAUUCUGCUCUUCCUCCUCUUUCUCGCGCAUUUGAUGGCGUGCGUGUGGUUUUACGUCGCCCAAGCUGGAACGUAUUCGUGGGCCAUGGCGACCGGUUACAUGUCGAACGAUCACAACCACAUGCUCACGCUGCAGUACCUGUCGUCGCUGUACUGGGCAAUUGUGACGAUGACGACGAUCGGAUACGGCGACAUCAUCCCCAAGACCAAGACGGAGCUCAUCCUGGCCAUGUUUGUCAUGGUGAUUGGUGUGUCCAUGUUUGGCUAUGUGAUUGGAAACAUCACAGCACUCGUCGACAACAUCAACGCGUCUGGGCGCAUGCAGUCCGAACGCCUCACGAGUCUCAAGGAGUACGCGAUGGUGCGCAACUUACCAAAGGCAACCACCAAGCGCAUGAUGGACCAUUUCGAGUACUUUUACCGGCACCGGUCUGUGUUUGACGAAGAAGCCAUCUUGAACAACUUGCCGACCGUCAUGCGGAACGAAGUCGUGCACCACGUCUUGAGCAAGUUCAUUUCGCGCAUCGAUUUCCUUGCCGAGUUUCAUGAGGGCCUUGUCAGCGACUUGGCCGUGGCCAUGAAUCCGUUCUUUUGCAUCAAAGACGAAGCUGUCUACUUGCAAAAUGAAAUCGCUGUCCACGUGUUCUUCCUUACAAAAGGCGAAGUAUCGCUCGUCAAGUCGUACCCAAACCAGCUCGCCGACACGACCCUCCUGACGCUCACCUCUGGCAAACAUUUUGGCGAGGUUGAGAUUUACCACCAAGUGUACGGUCAAGGCGUGCGGCUGUCGUGCGCAGUGGCAAAAUCGUACUGCCAACUCACGUUCCUGUCGCGCCAAGUCAUUGAAAACAUCGGACAUACGUGGCCCGAGAUCCUCGACCACUUUCGCCUGAAUGCCAUCGCCAAAGUAAAGCGGAUGAGCAAGCGCGGCUCGUUGGACAACUAUAGCCCCGACCCGCCGCCGUCCACGACCAACGAGCACGGAAGGUCGGCCGUCCAAUCGCCGGGGAAAAAGAAAGCGCUUGAAGCGGCCCAUGUGUGGCACCACCACCACGUCGUUGCGGCGUCCAUGCGCAAGGGUGCCAAGCCCGCCGACGACUCGUCGUCGAGCGAAGAAGGUGAACCCGACGAGCAGCACCAAAACCCAAACCACUCGGAACACGAUCCGCAAACGACGCAACGGACGCUGCUUGAAACUCGGCGCUCGAGUGCGACGCACGUGCCGGCUUCGUCGACGCGCCCCAUUUUGAAUGAAAAACGGGUGGCGCACAACGCGUACGUCUUUCAUCCGCAGGACUCGUUCAUUGCGAACUGGCAGGUGGCGGUUGGGACCGCCAUCAUCUACUCGACGUUCAUGGUACCGUUCCGCAUCGGAUUCGACUCGGACCCGCCGGACGACGUGUUUUCGCUCGACAUGAUCUUUGACAUCGUGUUUGGCCUGGACAUCCUGCUCACGUUUCGCCUGGCAUUCCACAACUCGGACCGCAUCCUGAUCUCGGACGGCGUCACGAUCGCUACGUCGUACUUGAAAGGGUGGUUCUUUGUCGACGUGUUGUCCACGAUGCCCGUCGACACGAUCGUGGGGUACUUUACAACGGCAUCGUCCAAGCUGCUCAAGUCGACCAAACUUCUCCGAGUGUUCCGCGUGGCGCGUCUGUUCAAGCUCGUGCGGUUGCUCAAGCUGGGCAAGGUGUUUAAACGCGUGCGAGAUUCCAUCCAGCUGAGCCCGUCCACGGAGCGGCUUCUCAAGCUCAUCAUGAUCAUGGUGUGCUUUGGCCACUGGUGCGCGUGCAUCUUUCACUGGAUCAUGUUGUUUGAAGAAGAAAUCGGACUACGAACAUGGUGCACCGACUACUUCUUCCCGUACGACGAAGAUCCUGGCGCGUGCUCGUUCCGGGUCCCGUCCGAAGAUCGCUACGUGGCCGCCAUCUACUGGGCGUUCACGACCAUGACGACGGUCGGCUACGGCGACAUCAAGCCAUUCCGCUACUCGGUCGCGGAACUCACGUUUGCCAUCAUUUGCCUCUUGCUCAACUCGACCGUGUACGCGUAUGUUGUCAGCGGCAUCAUCGACGUCAUUUACAAUUACAAUCCGAGUGACCGCGAAUACCGCGCCCGCAUGAAUGACAUGAAGGACUACGUGCGCGACACAGCGAUGAGUGUCCGCCUCAGUAACAUGGUGAAGUGUCAUUAUGACUUUUUGCUCAGCACGACGUGCUUGUUCCCGGAAGAGCAGAUCUUCAACCAACUGCGACCGAGCCUCCGCUUCGACGUCGCCAGGCUGGUCGCAAGCAACACGAUCAUGACCAUCAACAUCAUUGCGACGAUGGAGAAGAAGUACAAGGGGUUUGUCAGCUACGCGCUGUUUCUGCUGCGACCGCAGUUUAUCCUGCGCAGCGAGCGCGUGUGUCGGAGCGGGAGUCCUGGCACGGAGAUGUUUUUCCUCGUCGAGGGCGAGUGCGAGCAAAUGGACCAAGACAACCACAACGUCCGCGUGUUGGGGGAAGGCACGUUGUUUGAAGCGUAUGCGUUGCUGGCUCCGCCAGAAGAGCACUAUCGCAUGCAGAGCACGGUGACCGCCCUCACGCCAACCUGUCAACUGUAUUCGCUGUCUGUGCAAGAAUUCGAAUCGAUCGCGGACCUCUCGCCCGCCAUCUCGGUCAACUUGGGCUACGAGUUGGCGAAAUCGAUCCUGCAAGAUGACUUUUUAACCCUGAACGACGAGCAGGAAGCUGUGGUGUUGGGCGCGAUCGAGCGACAGAAGACGCUGCAACCAGAGAAUCUCAACUACGGACCCCUCACCAACAUGGCCAAGGUCGUCAUGGCUAAGCUUCGCAUUGUCAAGGGCAGCGUCCUACCAGAGAACGUCAAAGAGGCUAUGAAAGGUGUCAUGUCCAAAACAAAGCAUACGCUCGGGCUCGCUACUGGCGCCUCGUGAGGACAGCUCGUCUGCUGUGGAAUGUCGUCAACGGUGUAAUAGACGAUUCAAUUCAUAUUCAUUCAAAAUGGGCUUAGCCAAU